CGUCACGUGGUGCCGGGCGCGGGCACGCGCGCGGGCAUGGCGGCGGAGGCUGCGGCGGGGAUUGAGGCGGAGGGGAUGAUGGCGGCGGAGGGUCUAGGGGGCGCGGGGCCGGUGCCGGUGCCGGGGCUGCGGCGGCGCCUGGCGGCGCUGGGCCGGCGUCUGGAGGCGCCGAGGGGAGCGGGCGGUGACGAUACCUUCCUCGUAAAGGGCUCUGCUGCUCUGGAGAAACUGGAGGGGCUCUGUAAUGAAGGGAGCGAGAAAACACACCCUUCCAAGCUUUUGCAGCUUUAUACACAGGCUGUUUUAGACAUUACAUAUUUUGAGGAAAGCCAGCUUGUGGAUGAAGAUUUUCCAGAAGAAACUUCCUUGGAAAAAGUUAAAGAACUUACUAGCAUUUUGUCAGAACCAGAAGAUCUAGUGAGGGAAUGCAGCAUGAAUGAGGAUCCUAUUAACAUCCUUGGUAUAGAGUUGAUAGAAUGUCUUUACUGGAGAAAAGGAGCCCUGCUUUACAUGUAUUGUCAUACAGCAAAAGAAAGGAGUGAAUGGCUACGAGAAAACAUUGCCAUAUUUAAAAAGUGUCUUAAUGAUGGAGUUCGUUACUUGAUGAAGAUGCUUAGCUUUAGAUGCCCUCUUCAUCUAAAUGAAGAUGUCUCACUUCAAGAUAAAGACACAGCUAGAUUACUCAGUGAAGGUAUAUUUAGUGACACUCACUUGCUGGCGAUGAUGUACAGUGGAGAAAUGUGCUACUGGGGACUGAAACUCUGUGGAGAGGGGGAGCAGGAAAGCCUUGAGACGACAGACCCGGCGCCUAACAGCGACCCGGGCCGCAGACCAUCACGCAGCGCACCUCUGGAUUUCCGAGAACUGGGCGAAAGCAUGCUGACAAAGUACGUGUCUGUAUGCGAGGGACCUUUGCACGGCCAGGGCUGGAACACCGGCAGCGCCAAACAAAUGCUGUGUUACCUCAGGACCAAAUAAACGCGCCCCGCUUCGCAAGGA